UAAGAAAGGAAAAAAAGGAAAACGAACCGCGGAGAGGCAUGAGAGAAUUAGGACAAUGCGGAUCAUGGAACUCCUUGUCAUCGGGUCAUUCUUGGGCGCUACGUGUGGGAAAGAGAUCGAAACGCCCAUGGUGAUGGCCUGUGAGCUUCGAACAUCAAGACACCAACUAGACGUCACUGUAUUGGCCUGCAAUGAUAGCAAGGCCGGAAACUCUUCUCUCGAUCCCUUGUGCGCUUCUGGAAAACCAUCGGAAGGCAAAUCGGCCCGAUACGGUCAGGUGUCAUCCAAUGCCCAGCAACAUCCUCCUUGUUAUAGCAACAUGCAUCCUGUCGUCAUUAGGAAGACAAUAAUUCAAGCCAGCGGACAUCAUGCGAAAAUGAAGAGAAAUGCUCGUUUUCUGAGCACGGCAGGAGAAUCGCUACAUCAACCCGUCUAUGGGAGGCAGUUGCCGACACAUGACAGCAUACAAGGACUUCGCAUGGAUUCGACCAUACGACUCCGAUCCAAAGAGUUGCCUUGCUUUCCUACCACAUCAGUAAUCUCCACUCGACUCACUCACUCGUACCUUUCCCAGCUGCACCAACAUGACGUGACGCACAGCUCUAUACCAGUCGUGCAUGAUGACCCGGGACGGUGCCAAUCUCCGACUCCUGUCAAGGACCAGCAGCAAUAUUUGAAUGUUGGCACUGCACGAGCUAGCGCCAGCAUGACAACAAGACCAAUGGAGAGUGCAAUGGCGAGUGCAAUGGAGAGUGCUGGCCCCAAUCCCACUCAAGGUAAGACACAAGGCUCAUCCAUUAGCCCUACUAGUGGUCGUUGGAUGCCACCUCUACAUGCCUUCUCCUCACCACACUUAGAUAUUGAGGCCAACCACCUUCAGUAUCAGCAUGAAAACGACAAGACACCUGACGUUGUAACUCUUCGUCUUUGCUGGAUGGAGGCUAUUUGGCUUAUGCUGACGUCAAGUUUUGUGAGCGUGCUGGCUUACAAGGCCUUCACUCGUCCUCAUCAAACAGACCGUCCCAAUGAUGAAAUGGUCAAGCGGCCUGCAGUUCAGAGCCUGCUAUCUUCAAGUCUGACAACUACUCUGAGCCUCCCUCCACUCCCAACACCACUGCUGCAGCGACGCAUUUCCUUGCAGCAUCAGUCCAGCACCAACUCAGACCAAGGGCACACCCCGUCAAGAUUUGACAACGACUUUGAGACUAUCCGCUAUUUGGGCCGUGGUGGAUUUGGCAAAGUGUUCCACGUACGCAAUGCCUUUGAUGGUCAGCCGUACGCUGUCAAGAGAAUUCGAUUGCCUACCAACUCUGAGGACCAACGUAAAGUGAUGCGUGAGGUGAAAGCACUGGCCGCUCUGGACCAUCAGAACAUCGUGCGCUACUACAAUGCUUGGAUGGAGGACCUACCUUUCGAUUACCCUGUCGCCAUAGCUUCACCGGACUGUGCGGCAGAGCAAAGCGACUUCUCAAUCUACGGUGUAUCCUCGGGUUCAGCUGACGAACGUUUUGGCCCGGCCGAUAAGGCCUCCGCUCAGUCUUCAACGGCCGAUUCAUUUACUGGUAGUCACUCAUCAACCCCCCUACACAACAUAGGACGCCAUCAUUGUCGUAAACACAUGCCAAGAAAGCCAUCUUUGGAUCACUUCACCGAUGACUCCACCGGAAUUGUGUUUUGCAGCAGCACGUCCGCUCGCUCUCGGAACUCGCUGAAUUCAUCAAGGGGCAUGCACUGCAGCCAGCUUGCAACAAUAGCAUCCAGCUCUGAAGAUGAACAACAAGAUAGCUCUAUGUAUGGCGCAAGCUCUGCAUCUGACGAUGGAGAUGGAGACUUGUUCAUGCCUGGCUGCAGCUCGGCAAGUGAUGCUGGACUUGCUCCUCUAAAACCGAAUCAUGACCGGCAUCACCAGCAUACUGAGCAGCGUCAGCAGCAGCAGUCCCGCAUGUACCUCUUCAUCCAGAUGCAGCUGUGUCGAGAGCAUGACCUGAAGCAGUGGCUGUGCCUGUGUGACAACGACCGCGACAUCGCCGUCUGCAUGAGAAUCUUCUAUCAGGUUGUGUCAGCUGUCAGCUAUGUCCACUCACGGGGUCUUAUGCACCGUGAUCUCAAGCCCUCAAAUGUCUUCUUUGCUGUGGAUGGUAACGUGAAAGUUGGCGACUUUGGUCUUGCCACUGCAUUUGAACUACCAGCCAAUGCCAGGAGUGAACAUGAUGGCAGUGUUGUCAGUGGUUCUGUUACCGAUGAUAAUGGUUGGAUACUCACUGAUGACCGUCACACUGGAGGUGUUGGAACUGAAGUCUACCAAAGCCCGGAACUCGCAAGUGGCAGUGAUUACAGUCAGAAAGUAGACAUCUUCUCCCUGGGUGUGAUCUUCUUUGAGCUACUCUACCCACUCACCACUGCCAUGGAGCGCUUCAAGAUCUUGCGUCUUGUUCGCGCUGGUGAUCUGCCGCAGGAUUUUACGAGCAACUAUCCUCAGGAGGCAUCUCUUGCAUCACAGAUGUUAUCAACAGAUCAACUGCUCCGUCCGAAUGCUCGAGACAUCAUGAAGCAUAGUGUCCUGAAGAAUGCAUUACUGGAUGAUGAGCUUGUUAGAGAGAAACUCGUGAAGAUUCUUGAUUCAUUUCCAUCCGUAUUUUCACACGAAGUAUAA